CCUCUCCAUCCCCCCUUCCUACCCACACACCCCUUCUUUAGUUACUUCCCCAGACACUCGUUGUCACACCCAUAGUGAUAGUCGCCAUGAAGGUUGCUACCUCGGCGCUGCUCGUUGGGGCUGCGUCUGCCGCCGUCGCGCCGCAGCAGCAGAUCCUCCAGUUCCCCAAGUCGUUCGACGAGGUCAAGAGCUCGUCAUGGUCCAAGCCGCUGCACAACCUCGAGGAGUCGCUCAAGUCGCUCACGGGCGAGGCGCGCGCCACGUGGGACGAGGUGGCCAUGAUGUUCCCCGAGUCGUUUGAGAAGGCGGCCUUCUUCUCCAACCCCAAGCCGCACACGCGCAAGCCCGACAGCGAGUGGGAGCACGUGGUCAAGGGCGCCGACGUGCAGAGCGUGUGGGUCGAGAACGCGGCCGGCGAGAAGGAGCGCGAGAUCGACGGCAAGCUCGACAACUACAACCUGCGCGUCAAGUCGGUCGACCCGGGCGUGCUGGGCGUCGACAAGGUCAAGCAGUACAGCGGCUACCUCGAUGACGAGGAGGAGGACAAGCACCUGUUCUACUGGUUCUUCGAGUCACGCAACGACCCCAAGAACGACCCCGUCGUGCUGUGGCUCAACGGCGGCCCCGGCUGCUCGUCGCUCACGGGCCUGUUCAUGGAGCUGGGCCCGGCGUCCAUCACAAAGGACCAGAAGCUCAAGCACAACGACUGGGCCUGGAACAGCAACGCCUCGGUCAUCUUCCUCGACCAGCCCGUCAACGUCGGCUACUCGUACUCGAGCGGCCAAGUCAGCAACACCGUCGCCGCCGGCAAGGACAUCUACGCCCUGCUCACCCUCUUCUUCAAGCAGUUCCCCGAGUACGCAGAGCAGAGCUUCCACAUCUCGGGCGAGUCGUACGCCGGCCACUACAUCCCCGUCUUCGCCGCAGAGAUCCUGUCCCACAAGAACCGCAACAUCAACCUCCAAUCCGUCCUCAUCGGCAACGGCCUCACCGACGGCCUGACCCAGUACGAGUACUACCGCCCCAUGGCCUGCGGUGAAGGAGGCUGGCCCGCCGUCCUCGACGAAGGCCAAUGCCAAUCCAUGGACAACGCCUACCCCCGCUGCGCCAGCCUAAUCGAAAACUGCUACAACUCCGAGUCCGUCUGGAGCUGCGUACCCGCCUCCAUCUACUGCAACAACGCCAUGAUCGGCCCCUACCAACGCACAGGCCAAAACGUCUACGACGUCCGCAAGCCCUGCGGCAGCAACAGCCUGUGCUACGACGAGCUCGACUGGAUACAAGGCUACCUCAACAAGAAGGAAGUCAUGAAAGCCGUUGGCGCCGAAGUCAGCAACUACGAAUCUUGCAACUUCGAUAUCAAUCGCAACUUCCUCCUCCAGGGCGACUGGAUGAAACCUUACCACCGCGUCGUCCCCUCCAUCCUCGAUCAGAUCCCAGUCCUCAUCUACGCCGGCGAUGCGGAUUAUAUCUGCAACUGGCUCGGUAAUAAGGCGUGGACGGAGGCGCUGGAGUGGAAGGGCGCGAAGGAGUAUAAGAAGGCCCAGAUGGAGGACUUUAGACUUGAUGGCGAUGGCAGGAAGCUGGGUGAGGUUAAGUCCAGUGGUAACUUUACGUUCAUGAGACUUCAUGCUGGUGGGCAUAUGGUGCCGUAUGAUCAGCCUGAGGCGAGUCUGGAGAUGCUUAAUAGGUGGUUGGGCGGUGAGUUUUGGGCGUAGAUGAUGGGUUGUGGUGGGUUGCUGGUUGGUUGAGAUUGUGGGAUCUA